CACCCAGCACUCUUGAUUAUCACUCUUCUGCAUCUCACAAUGGAGGAAAUCUAUGUCAGGCAUGUGGAGUUGCUGGGCUUUGAGAAACGCUUCUUCCCCAGCCAGCACUAUGUCUACAUGCUGAUGGUGAAAUGGAAUGACCUGUCUGAGAAGUUGAUCUAUAGAGGGUAUCCGGAGAUCUACACUUUUCACAAAUCCCUGAAGGAGAUGUUCCCCAUUGAGGCGGGUGACAUCAAUAAGAAAGACCGGAUCAUCCCUGCACUACCAGCGCCAAAGUGGUUGGACAACCAAAAGAGCACAGAGACCAGGCAGAGCACUCUGGCUGAAUAUUGCAGUUCUGUCAUCAACCUGCCCCCCAAGAUCUCCCGCAGCCAGCUGGUACGCAGCCUCUUCAAGGUCCGACCGGAGGACGAGAACCCACCCGCUCAACACCCUUUAAAAAGAAAUGAGACCUUUGUGGUGUCCAAUGACAAGACGAGAGACAACACUUCUGAGAUCUCUGGCCCCAUCAUAUUGGAAAGCUACAGGGUGAUUGCUGACUACAGCCACACCUCCAAGUAUGAGAUCACCCUGCAUAUUGGAGACUUGGUGGAGAUUGUGGAGAAAAGCCCAAAUGGUUGGUGGUUCUGCCAGUGUGAUACCAAGCGGGGCUGGGUGCCCGCCUCUUACCUAGAGCCCCUGGAUGGACCAGAGGAGUCGGAAGAAGCCGAUCCCAACUACGCAGGAGAACUCUACAUAACCACCAAAGCCUACAAGGCAGCACAAGAUGAUGAGCUGACUCUUGAGAUGGGGGAAACUAUUGAGGUCAUUCACAAGCUCCUGGAUGGAUGGUGGGUGGUCAGGAAAGGAGAGGAGACGGGACACUUCCCCUCAAUGUUUCUCUACAGAACUGGAGAGAAGAAGGACAUGGUGUCAGAAGAGCUUGUGAUGAGAAGACAGACACCCCCACCCAGACGUUCAACAAUCCGCAAUGCACAAAGUAUUCACAGCAAAGGGCGCCAGCGCAUCAGCCAGGACACGUACCGCAGGAACAGUCGCCGCUUCCUGCAGCAGAAGGGUGGCCGGCCCAAUCAGCCCAGGAAGACGUCCAAGGCCUCCACACAGUCCCCGCUGCAGGACUGGAAUAACAGAGACAACAUGCCAAAGACAGCGGGCUCUAGUCCAGGGGGUGAGCUGAAAGGGGCUCCCAUCAUCCCCCCUCGGCCCAGUCCUGAACUCAUCAUGGAGCGCUGUACAGAGAACACCCGCAAGAAAGUCAGUGUCCGCAAAUCGAGCUAAGCUUUAAACUGUGUGGAUCUGGACUCCUGUCAGCAAUGCAAUCAGAGAUGGGUUAAUGUGCGCAUUACAAGCUAAACAGCCGAUAAAGCCAACCAUGUGUGCCAUAGAGGGCAUUUUACAUUUUGUUCUAAAUGUUACCACUUAGUACUAGCUAACUGCUUAUGGAGAAAGUAAAACAAUCGUGAAAAGUGAAUGUAUGUACAAAAGCAAAGGUGUAUUUGUUUUUCUAGGGUCAUUUUUCUUAUUGUUACUUUUACGUAUGCAAUGUUUUUAAUGUUUUUUGAUAGUGUGUGGUUGUUAAAUGUGUUUGACGCAGUAUGCGGUUUUUGGAACAUAAGAUUAGUUAUUUAUUUGUUGAAUUUAGCCAUUUGUAACCUACAAAAUAAAUAAUAUAUUCAGAAAA